CCAUAAGAUGCCCUCCCAUAUAACCCCCCCCAUGUAACCCCCAUCUCUGCUCUCUUGCAGAAUGCUCCAUGUGUCCUCUUUGCUGCCCGCCACGCUGCCACUGCUGCCACAAACCUGAAGGAUGUCCUGGCCUCCAUGAUCCCCAAGGAGCAGGCGAGGAUCAAAAGCUUCCGCCAGCAGCACGGCAGCACGGCCAUCGGGCAGAUCACGGUGGAUAUGGUGUACGGUGGGAUGCGGGGCAUGAAGGGGCUGAUCUACGAGACCUCGGUGCUGGACCCCGAUGAGGGGAUCCGCUUCCGUGGGUUCAGCAUCCCCGAGUGCCAGAAGCUGCUGCCCAAAGCGGCGGGGGGCGAGGAGCCACUGCCUGAGGGGCUCUUCUGGCUGCUGGUGACCGGUGAGGUGCCCACCCCAGAGCAGGUGAGCUGGGUGUCCCGUGAAUGGGCCAAACGGGCGGCGCUGCCUUCCCACGUGGUGACCAUGUUGGACAACUUCCCCACCAACCUGCACCCCAUGUCCCAGCUCAGCGCCGCCAUCACCGCCCUCAACAGCGAGAGCAAAUUCGCACGCGCUUACGCUGAGGGCAUCAACCGUGUGAAGUACUGGGAGUUUGUCUAUGAGGACGCCAUGGAUCUCAUCGCCAAACUGCCCUGCGUCGCUGCCAAAAUUUACCGCAACCUUUACCGCGAGGGCAGCAGCAUCGGCGCCAUCGACCCCAACCUGGACUGGUCCCACAACUUCACCAACAUGCUGGGUUACACCGACCCGCAGUUCAUCGAGCUGAUGCGCCUCUACCUCACCAUCCACAGUGACCACGAAGGGGGCAACGUCAGCGCCCACACCAGUCACCUGGUGGGCAGCGCGCUGUCUGACCCCUACCUCGCCUUCGCUGCUGCUAUGAACGGGCUGGCCGGGCCCCUGCACGGCCUUGCCAACCAGGAGGUGCUGCUGUGGCUCACAGACCUGCAGAAGGAGCUGGGCCAGGACGUGUCGGAUGAGAAGCUGCGGGAUUUCAUCUGGAACACGCUCAAUUCGGGCCGGGUGGUGCCGGGCUACGGACACGCCGUGCUGCGGAAGACGGACCCACGCUACACGUGCCAGAGAGAGUUUGCCCUCAAGCACCUCCCCAAGGACCCCAUGUUCAAGCUGGUGGCUCAGCUCUAUAAGAUCGUCCCCAACGUGCUGCUGGAGCAGGGCAAAGCCAAGAACCCGUGGCCCAACGUGGACGCACACAGCGGGGUGCUGCUGCAGUACUACGGCAUGAAGGAGAUGAAGUACUACACGGUGCUCUUCGGGGUGUCCCGCGCUCUGGGCGUCCUCUCGCAGCUCAUCUGGAGCCGGGCGCUGGGAUUCCCCCUGGAACGCCCCAAAUCCAUGAGCACUGCGGGGCUGAUGCAGCUCGUGGGCUACAAAUCCGGCAGGAUCCGGCCGGGCUCCCCUGCCAGCGAGCGCCAACCUUCCUCCUCUCCAGGGCAGGCAGAGCUGACCCAGGAGUUCCUCCACCGCGGGCGCAGGAGCUGGAGCCCUCUGGCCUUGCAGAGUUAAGAGGAACGAAAAGGGUUUAAAAAAAAAUAAAAA